AUGGAUACCACUGUACAAGAUAUUGGUGAAAAUAUCAAGUUAGCAAGGGAAAAUUGCAUGCUGGGCAAUUACGAUACUUCCAUGGUUUACUACCAAGGUGUAGCUCAGCAAAUCACCAAAUAUAUACCGCAAAUUAAAGAGGCUUCUUUAAAGCACCAAUGGCAACAGCUAAGGCAAUCGAUAGCACAGGAAUACGAACAUGUUAAAGAUAUAGCCAAGCUGAUCGAUAGAUUUAGGGUUGAUCCAGCUAAAUUUUCCAAUAUAAGUAAAGGUCCGUCUGAAUCUGCUGUGACUAGCAGCGAUCGCGACAUCUGGCCUGCUCCGAAUCCAGUAGCUCAUAGGGAAUUCAGACCCAUACCCCGCAAAGGUUCUUACUCCAAUGAUAGAAAUGCCCACCAAGGUGCCAAAAAACAACCAGCUCCUCGUGCAGCCAAUAAAGGGGGACCAUCAUCACGCCAAUCAGACAAGCCGGCCGAAAGUGGUCAUGGUCGCCCACCAAAAAAGAGUCCAAGUAGCAAUGACAAUCAUGAAGACACCGAGGAAUCCGCCGAAGUGAAGAGGUUCGAUCCUACUGGCUAUGAUAAAGAUUUCGUUGAAAUGUUGGAACGAGAUAUUGUGCAAAGGAAUCCUAAUGUUCAUUGGGACGAUAUUGCUGGGUUAGCUGAAGCGAAAAGAUUAUUGGAGGAAGCUGUUGUCUUGCCGAUGUGGAUGCCUGAUUAUUUCAAGGGUAUUAGGAGACCUUGGAAGGGUGUACUUAUGGUAGGACCUCCUGGAACUGGUAAAACACUAUUAGCAAAAGCUGUUGCUACUGAAUGUGGCACGACAUUUUUUAAUGUGACAUCUUCUACACUAACAUCCAAAUAUCGCGGCGAUUCUGAGAAACUUGUUCGAUUAUUAUUUGAAAUGGCCAGAUUUUACGCUCCUAGUACGAUUUUUAUUGACGAAAUUGAUAGUAUAUGCAGCAAAAGAGGUUCAAGUUCAGAACACGAAGCGAGUCGACGAGUAAAAUCGGAAAUAUUGGUCCAAAUGGAUGGUGUUGAUAAUAGCACCAACGAGGAUGGCUCUAAAAUAGUUAUGGUUCUCGCUGCGACUAAUUUCCCAUGGGACAUCGAUGAAGCCUUAAGAAGGCGUUUGGAAAAGCGCGUAUAUAUACCAUUACCAUCAGCUGAGGGGCGUCAUCAGCUGCUGAAAAUCAAUCUUCGCGAAGUUCAGUUAGCCGAGGAUGUCAUUCUGGAAUCGAUAGCUAAAAAGAUGGAUGGUUAUAGCGGUGCAGAUAUAACGAAUGUUUGCAGGGAUGCGUCUAUGAUGGCAAUGCGUAGGCGAAUUCAAGGACUUACACCAGAGCAAAUAAAACAGUUAUCGAAGGAAGCUAUUGAUUUACCGACUAAAAUGGAAGAUUUCGAACUGGCUCUUAGUAAAAUAUCAAAGUCAGUAUCAACUAGUGACCUGGAAAAGUAUGAAAAAUGGAUGUCAGAAUUUGGCUCAACAUAA